CUCAUUUAUCAUAAACAUAUAGGUUGGGAUAGCCGAGUUGCGUACUUAACACUUUGUUAAAAUUUACUCAAGAUUGACCUUUUUUCUUUUUAACAGAGCAGAAUGGUGUGUGAUUGGGGCAUGUGAGCAGACUGCCUCUUGUGCUUGUGUGCGUGUUAUUGUAUGUGUGUGAGUGAUUGAUAGGGUGACUGAAAAAAUGGCCUCACUAGGUACCGAAGCAGCCAAGCUUUUGGAUUUCAAUGAGAAAUUAAACAUCAAUCUGCUCGAUGAAGUGGUCAACUGCAUGUAUCAUGGUCUUGGAGAGCAGCAACGAGUUGCACAAGAUGCCCUUACAACUCUGAAAAACCAUCCACAAGCAUGGACCCGGGUUGAUUCUAUCCUUGAGUAUUCUAGUAACCAACAAACUAAGUACUAUGCCCUUCAGAUUCUUGAAGAAGUUAUCAAGACUCGAUGGAAAACAUUGCCAAGAAAUCAAUGCGAAGGUAUCAAAAAAUACAUUGUAGAACUUAUAAUUAAAACAUCUUCCGAUCCAGAAACUAUGGAAAGCAAAAAGAUGUAUUUGAAUAAACUAAAUAUGAUUUUAGUUCAGGUGUUAAAACGAGAAUGGCCGAAAAAUUGGGAGUCUUUCAUUCCAGACAUUGUAGGAGCCAGCAAAACAAGUGAAAGUCUUUGUCAGAACAAUAUGGUGAUUCUGAAAUUGUUAAGUGAGGAAGUUUUCGAUUUUUCAUCUGGACAGAUGACUCAAACCAAAGCGAAGCAUUUGAAAGAUAGCAUGUGCUCAGAGUUCUCACAGAUUUUUACUCUCUGCCAAUUUGUCUUGCAUAACUCUGAAAAUGCAUCCUUAGUAAAUGCAACCCUGGAAACAUUAUUAAGGUUUCUGAAUUGGAUUCCGUUAGGAUACAUUUUUGAAACAGACCUUAUCAAAAGUUUAAUUUUUAAGUUCCUUAAUGUACCUUUGUUUCGAAAUGUGACAAUGAAAUGUCUAACCGAAAUUGCUGCAGUCAAGCAUCUAAUGUAUGCUGAUGUCACCGUCAGCAUGUUUCUUGAAACGAUGAAAGAACUGGAAAAGAUGUUACCACCAACUACAAACAUCCGAGAAGCGUACGCGAAAGGUCAAGAUCAAGAACAGCACUUCGUUCAGAAUCUUGCCAUGUUCUUGUGCACGUUCCUCAAGGAGCACGGCUCUCUGAUCGAGAGGAAGGGACUCAACGAUGAACUUACAACCGCAUUGCAUUAUUUAAUUAUGAUAUCUGAAGUGGAAGAAGUUGAGAUAUUCAAGAUUUGUCUAGAAUACUGGAAUGCCCUCGCAAUUGAGCUCUACCGCGAAGAUUUUAGUUUCCCUCAUUUUAGAAGGGACAUCUAUCCUCCAGUUCUAACCAAAGUGAGGUAUAUUAUGAUAAGUCGUAUGGCCAAGCCAGAGGAAGUGUUAGUGGUUGAAAAUGAGAAUGGAGAAGUGGUGCGAGAGUUCAUGAAAGAUACAGAUGCGAUCAACCUGUACAAAAACAUGCGAGAGACACUCGUCUACCUAACCCAUUUAGAUUGUGUGGACACUGAGCGUGUCAUGACGGAGAAACUUCAGAACCAAGUCACAGGCACUGAAUGGUCCUGGAAGAACUUAAAUACUCUAUGUUGGGCCAUAGGUAGCAUAUCAGGUGCAAUGCACGAAGAGGAUGAGAAACGGUUUCUGGUGACAGUAAUCAAAGAUCUACUUGGUCUGUGUGAACAGAAGAAGGGCAAAGAUAAUAAAGCAAUCAUUGCUUCAAAUAUUAUGUAUGUUGUUGGUCAGUAUCCGAGAUUUCUCAGAGCGCAUUGGAAGUUCCUUAAAACAGUUGUCAACAAACUCUUUGAGUUCAUGCACGAAACUCAUGAUGGUGUACAAGACAUGGCGUGUGAUACAUUCAUCAAGAUUGCGCAGAAGUGUAAGCGGCAUUUUGUUUUGGUUCAAGUAGGCGAAGCCAUGCCGUUUGUUGAGGAAAUUUUGAGCACCAUCAGUACUAUCAUUUGUGAUUUACAGCCACAACAGAUUCACACAUUUUAUGAAGCUGUUGGUUUGAUGAUCAGUGCACAAACGAACACAGUCCAGCAAGAAGUGUUGAUAGAAAAGUAUAUGUCUUUGCCAAACACUGUAUGGGAUGACAUUAUCAGUCGUGCAGCAACAAAUGUGGACAUUUUGAAAGAUAUCGAAGUGAUCAAACAGCUCGUGAAUAUUCUCAAAACAAACGUCAGAGCGUGCAAAGCUUUAGGACAACCCUAUUUCCUUCAGCUGGGAAGAAUUUAUUUAGACAUGUUAAAUGUUUACAAAGUAAUGAGUUCAAACAUUGUGACGGCAAUAGCCAGCAAUGGUGAACUAGUUACCAAACAACCUGUCAUCAAGGCCAUGCGUGUCGUCAAAAAAGAAAUCCUUGAACUUAUCGCUGUAUGGAUUCAGAGGUCUACUAAUCCACAAAUGGUUCUAGAAAACUUCAUCCCACCCUUGCUAGAAGCCGUGCUAACGGAUUAUAAUCAGACGCAAGUCCCAGCAGCACGAGAGCCUGAAGUGUUGGUGGCCUUAACAAAGAUUGUCGACAGGCUUCAGUCAAACAUCACCAGCUUAAUACCAAGAAUAUUCGAAUCUGUGUUUGAAUGCACGCUCGAUAUGAUCAACAAAGACCUUGAGGAAUUCCCUGAGCAUAGGAUAAACUUCUUUUUACUUUUGCAAUCUGUUAACAACUUCUGUUUUGAUGCUUUCUUGAGCAUACCACCUUCACAAUUCAAACUGGUCCUAGAUUCGGCUAUCUGGGCAAUCAAGCACACAAUGAGAAAUGUUGCUGAGAUAGGUUCACAGGUUUUGUAUCAGAUAUUUGUAAAUGUUCAAGAAAACGAAAAUGCAGCUCAGAGUUUUUACGCAACCUACUUCACAGAUAUUCUGCAACACAUAUUCUCAGUUUUAACCGAUUCAUCUCAUACAGCAGGUCUAAUGAUGCACGCUACCAUUCUAGCCCACAUGUUCCGGCUUGUUGAAGCGAACCGAGUGAAAGUCCCCCUAUGCCCUGUGAAUCCAAACAUGGAUAACUUAAUGUACAUCCAGGAGUUUGUCGCAUCUCUCCUCAAGUCAGCAUUUCCUCAUUUAAGUGAUAAUCAAAUCAAGAUCACCGUUCAGGGUAUGCUCAACUUGGACCAUGAUCUCACUGCAUUUAAGGAGCAUCUUCGCGAUUUCCUUGUUCAAAUUAGGGAAUAUUCUGGAGAAGAUGACUCGGAUCUAUUUUUGGAUGAAAGAGAAGCAGAAUUAAAGAAAGCUGAAGCAGCCAAACGACAAGAACAAAGUUUAGUACCUGGUAUUCUGGGUCCUCAUGAGCUCGCAGAGGAAAUGCAAGAUUGAAGUAUUGUUGAUGCUUGCCAGUUGGUUCCCUGUUCCGAGACAUAUCGAAAACGUACUGACAACGUAUCACAAACAAUGUGAGUGCAAGAUGAGCCGGCGACAAGUUCCGAACGGUCACAGUCCUCUUUCAUCUAUCAUUGAUCCGAUUUAUGUGAUAUUAAUUGUGUAUCUUUUUCUUUUUAUAUGUAAUUGUUGUGUAUACUGUUUCCAACAAGCUCAUGUUUCAUGUUGAUGGUUUCAUGUUUCUCACUCAGUUCCCUCCGGUAGCCCUGAUGUGCUUCAAAGGACAGUGCUGUUUAUAAAAUAGCCUCUCUGUAAAUACAGUUCCUCCUGCAGCGUUGUACAGUGGUAGUAGAGCACCAUCAGAUGCCUUGCUUUUGUUUAGAAUAAUCAUUCGUUUUGGGCCAUCUGGAAGCACACCAAAGGCAUAAUUCUGAUACCACGAAUCUUAAUUUUUGGCUUUGAAAAUUUCCUCUCUCUCCCUAUUUUUUAAUUGAAAUACUAAUCAACAUCAUUUCUCAUUUGUUUCCACAAUUUGUAUUCUUUUCUUAAAGAAAUCAGUGAAAAUUUCAAGGAAUAAGGUUUGCUUGCCAUCCUGUAAGAGCGAAAGUUUUAAAAAGCUGAAAUUAUUGAGGUGCAAGUUUUUGGUAAUUAUCCUUCAAUGCCUUCGUUGUUGAUUUGUUAAGCGAUUUCAUUUAGUUGUUUCCCAACCUUUACAUCAAGGCACGAAGAUCUUUUUUGCAUGACUUCCAGUGUCAGUUUUGCUAAAGGUGCUCUCAACUUUUUAGCAGAUCAUCUAAAAUUUUAAUCAAUAUGUUCUUAAUCCAGAUAUCAAUGUUGAUCGAGCCCAUUUUGAUAAAAUUCUUGAUAUUUCUCUUUUGAGGCAAAACUAAAAUCCAAGGGAAAUGGGAUGAAGACAUGCCUGAAAGUUACAAUCCUGACUGUUUUUAUCGCCCAAAUAUCAAUUUUAAAAUGAAAAUUAGAAAAAUACAAUAUUAACAAUGUGAGAUGUCUUUUGAGCGGUGGAAAGUUAUUUGACUGAUCAGCAAUGAAAAUAAGCUCCUCUUUAACGUCUGGUUUCAUGAUAAUCGCAAGGAAUUCUACCAUCACAACUAUCUCAUGAGAUUGCACUCUGGUGACCUCUUUCUUUCCACUGAUGACACUGCCGCCCUCUAGUUGUUCUUGUUCUUUUAUGAAGAUAACUGAAAAUCUGUAGUCAAUUAUUGUAGAAUUAACCCCUGUGCCCUCUCUUUUUGUUUUCGUUUCUGUCGCUCAUUCAACUAACUUUACUGUAUAUAUUUAUAUGUAUUAUAAAUUGCCCGGAGAGGGGUUUCUCUGCAAACAACCUUAACUCUUUUCUUUUCUCAGACAAAAAGUGCUGCGAGUUAUUCAAUCUUCAAUCCUAUUAAUCAUUUCCUGAUGAAAGUUUCAUCUACAAAUUACCCUCAUCGCCUCUUCACUUCGUUUGUCCGUUUUCCUCUAUCAUCAUGGGCACAUUUUUAAGCAGUUUUUAAUUUCGUGAAGAAGGCUUUCACUCAUUCUGGGCACAUUAACUGCCUAGACCUGGGCACAUUUUUUUAUCAUUCCUGCGUCACAAAGUCCUCAAUUUGUAUAGAUGCUAUCACGUAAGUGUUAGACGAGUUACAUUGACAGAGACCUUGAAAUAACCUUCACUUUUGACGUAAUCCGGAGAUAGGAAGUAAAUUCCUGCUUUGGACGAAAUGUUCUAAGAAAAUCAAGCAGUGAAUUAAUAAUGUGCACAUGCCAAAGCAGUCAACCUUCUAUAAUUAAAAUCCAUCUCUCCUUCUCGGUAACCUUUCCUAUUCUACCAUCUGCAAAUUACAACUCUCAAAUCGCAGGCCUCCCACCACUUUUAUACCAUUGAAACAUGUCUGUCUACACUGUCAUCCAGUCCAGAUUUCGAUUCUGUGAAUCGUUUGAAUUGAAUCAAUUCUUGAGAUUAUCAUUGUAUGAUAGCCCUAAUGCGUGGUUUCUCCAAAAUUACUUAAACUUUACGGGCUGUGAGAGUUUCCAAUUUUUUUCAAUCUAAGCUCUCUCUCCCUCUCGCUGUGAAUGUGAAUAUAGGUGAAUCCAGAUCAGGGAACAAGCUCUAAUCUAACUUCUUCGAGUUCAAUUUUGUAUUUGUUACAUCAAUAAGCUUUCACCCAGUGGUGCAUUCUUUUCUUUUUUCCAAAAGAAAUUUCAUGUUAAUUUCAUGUAAUUCACACUGAAUUAAUGAAGGUUAAAAUCUGAAUGUCCAUGAAAAACUCACCUCAUUGCUCUCUAUAAUCCAUUCUGUAAUGAACGGCCUCUGUUCGGCUGUCAAUGAAUGCGUGCUAGACUGAGCCACCGAUUCUCUGCUGAAAACCAUUGAAAUAUUGCUGAUCACUUUUUAUCACUUCCAUUUUUAGUGUUUUUAUUCUCCUUGAGUACGUCCCUUCGCAAUUUGUGUCCAUCUCUUUUUCUUCGAGUUAAAGAGUGAAACCCUAAGAUUCAAUGCCAUUUUUAUACAGGGUGAAUUUCGUUUUAAGAAAUUGACGCAAUAAGUUCUUUGCUUUGUUUCAAGAGGGAAGGCUUGCGCAAUUUAUCGAAGCUUUCCUUCAGCUGUUUUCAAUAUUUCUUCCAAGCAUAAAAAGCUCUAAUCUGUUGAUUUUAAGGAAUUUUGAAGAACUUGACAAUAUUCGGAAUAUCACCCUACAUCCCUGUCUUAUGGCAUGCAAAUCCGUGCAAAGAUUUAUUUUAAAUUCAAAUUAUUUCUGCGUAAUUUCUUUUAAUUGGAAACAAGCAUGUUUCGUUUUUGACCUGUUCUUUGUUACCGCUAAAAUUCAGGAACUCCAACAAAUCCUGAUGUAAUUUCUAGAGUGUUGAAUUUCUCAGUGCAGAGCUGUAAAGUCGAGGAACAUUAUUAUUUUCUUAGCCGGGGGAAACCAUGAAGUUCGAUUUCAGUUGUUAAAGAAUUCUCUGCUCAUUUUAAAAGUGUAGCUGUAAAUAAUUUUACAUGUUAAGUGUAUGUAUGAUGGGUUUACGAGGUCUCUCGGUGUAUUGUGUGAAGGAAGAAGUUUAGAAAGUUUGCGAGUUGUUGUUUCCAAGGUUGAAAGAAUAUUGAGAACCAUUCUGGAGUGAAAAGAGAUCCCAAGUGCCCAAUGUCUUUUAUUUUUGUACAGUGUGUUUCAAAUCCGAAAAAAAAAACAUGUAUUUUUGUAUGUUAAUAUUGUAGCGUAGUCCCCACAAACUGUACUCCAUCAACUACUUGAUAUUCAAAAUGAGGGGUUACGUAUAUUGGCACUGGAAAUUGUAGAAAUAUUAUAAAGAUGUUUUCUGUGUCGUUAGCAUUUUGAGGCAUGCAUUAUUGUUUUAUAUAAACUUACUUAUUUUUCUAAACUUUCUUAACUUUCUACAAGUAGGAAAAUGUUAAGUACUUUCUGGUUGGUUUUUCUUUCUUUUUUUUAGAGGGGGGAGGGGGGGUUCUCUUUUUUUUGGACUUUUAAAAAUAAUCUUUAAGUUAAUUUGAACAAAUACACAGUUGUUUUGUAACAUCUUAUCCCAGCUUCAUUUUUGGCUCAGUUUUUGUCAUGCAUUCAUUUUUGUAAAUUAUUUCUAGUGAAAUAAAAUAUUUUUUAAUUUUU